GGAGAAUCACAGGGGAGAAUACAUAUAUUAUAAGUUAUAACCUACUUGCUCUAUGGGGAGAAUGAACUAUCAACUAGUACUUCUCAGAAUAAAAAACUAAUUUGAGCCGUAUUAAAAUAAUUUACUAAAAAAUAUUGUACUAUGGAUAAUAUCUGCCGUAUCUGCUUAGAUUCUUUAGAAGGAAAGUAUAAAGUAUCACUUACAGAUACUUUUAAAGGUCUAAGAGUAUUUAAAUAUAUAAAUUACAUAACAAAUAUUGAAAUAAAAGAGAACGAUGGAUUCCCUUUCUCUAUGUGUUUGAAAUGUUAUGACGAAUUUGAGACUGCAGUUAAUUUUAGAGAGAAAUGUAUACAAUCUGAUAAUAAAUUCAGAGAACAUAACAGCCUAUCAAAAAAUGAUAAUACAGUAUGCAUUUUCAAAGAAGAAAGUAAUGACUAUGAAUUGUCGGAAAAUUAUAAUAGUAACAACGAACCAAUGAUAGAUGUAAAACCCUUGCUUAAUUCUAAUGUCUUAGAAUAUGAUACUUAUGAAUGUAUUACUGAAUUUCAAUCAUCUAAUGAGGACGAGGUUUUAACUUGCAACAAGUGUAAUGUUGUUUUUAAAACAGCAACCACCUUGCACAGGCAUCAGGCUAAGAAUAAAUGUGAAGUAACUAGACUUGAAUGUGAUGACUGUGGAGAAGUAUUCAAAAGCAAAUUGAAAAUGGCAGUACAUUGGAAAAAAAUGCACUUGCUAAGUAAACUGAUUUGCCCAAACUGUAAAAAGAAUUUUAAAACAUUUAAAUCAUUGAACAGGCAUAAGUCAAAGAAAAUUUGCCAUAGAAUUGAUGAGGAAUGGGUGCACAUAGAAGGUGUUGGUAAAACUAGAGUAUUUACAUGUAAGGCAUGUUCAUAUUCAACAAAGAAAUCGGGCAAUAUAAUAGUACACGUCCGCAUUCACACUAACGAGCGACCCUACACAUGCUCAAUUUGUCCCAAACGUUUCAAGCAAAUAGCGGCAUUAGGAUUCCACCAGGACUACAAGCAUAAAAAGUCUACACUACCACAGGAAAAGUGUAAAAUAUGCGGUAAAAUAUGUCAGGGCGUGAAGCGGCUCAAGCAACACAUAGCCCGUGUUCACAAUGAGCCAAAAACACAAUGUACUAUAUGCAAGAUGUCUCUCCGGAAGCGAUGUCUUAAAACCCACAUGGCGAGGCACGCCGACCACAAAGACUUUACGUGCGAAGUUUGCGCCCAGUCAUUUUAUACCCACAGUGAACUAAUAACUCACAGGCUAAGAAAACAUUCUGAAGAUAAGAGAUAUACUUGCGACUUGUGUCCAUACAAAACUAGCAAAUCAACAUUAAUGAAUAACCACGCGAACAGGCAUAAAAGUGGGCAGUUAAGCUGUAACAUCUGUUUUGUAUUUGUAAAAGAUAGAGGUAGAUUGUUGAAACAUCAAGAGCUUCAUAUGGAUGGGAAAGUAUUUCAGUGUCCAUACUGUCACUUGAAAUAUUUCACAAAUAAAGCUAAAAGGAAUCAUGUGAAGAUGAAGCAUUCUGAAACUUUGUUACCCAGUAAGGGAGAUAUAGGUACAGCAAGUGAAAAUAAGAGUAGUAUUAAAAUUCAGCUAGACAAGAAAAUUCCAAAUGAUAUUGAGUAAUAAGUAAGUAAUUGUUUAUAGUAUAUAAAUGAUAUGAUAUUUUGUUAUUGGAAUAUAAAAUUAUUGUAAAAAACUA